CACUUCCUCUCUCUCUCUCUCCCCUCUUUCUCUCUCUAUAUAAAUUUUCAUCGUUUUGCUUAUUAAUUCACUUGUAAAAUAAUCAACACACACUUCACUCACUCUCACCACUGCUUCUCUGAGUACGUCGACGCAUGUAACAUGUUUUCUUGUCCCUGAACUUAGCAAAAACACAAGUAAAAGAUGCCUUUUCCCAACCCAUUCCCCGCGCUCUCCAAUCGGAACGAUGACGCCCCCUUGCUCGGGUCCGCCCCCCUCGAGCCCCAGCUGAUGCGCCGCCGCCGUAUCUUCGUUGUGGUCCUCCUGCUGAUGAUGGGCCUGGUGGGCGUAUGCUCGCUGGUCAUCCUCAUCACGUCGGGAGAUGGCGGGGAGGAUUGGACUCCCUCCGGCGAGGAUGAUGACAAGUGCCCUUCGCCAAAGGAAGUGUCGGAAUAUCUCAAGGCACGGCGGCCGGAGGAGGGGAGACCAACGCUUCGUGGGGUGCAUGAAGGGGUGUCGGAGAAGAGUUUUGGUAAAGGCCGGUUGGGGGCAAUUCCAUAUCCAUGGACCAAGAAGAUGUUGGCCUGGCAAAGAACUGGGUACCAUUUCCAACCUCAAAAGAAUUGGAUGAACGAUCCUAAUGGUCCACUAUUUUACAAGGGAUGGUACCAUUUCUUCUACCAAUAUAACCCAUCGGGUGCGGUAUGGGGGAACAUUUCUUGGGGCCAUGCAGUUUCAAAAGACCUCAUCAACUGGCGCCACCUCCCCCUUGCCAUGGUUCCGGAUCAAUGGUACGACAUCAACGGCGUCUGGACUGGCUCAGCAACCAUCCUUCAGGAUGGCCAGCUAGUCAUGCUCUACACGGGAUCCACCAAUACGUCUGUGCAAGUCCAAAAUCUUGCAUACCCAGCUGACCAGUCGGACCCCCUCCUUAUCAAUUGGGUCAAGUACUCGGCUAAUCCGGUCUUGGUCCCACCACCUGGCAUUAUGGAUCACGACUUCCGUGACCCCACCACUGCAUGGCUGACCCCAGAACGCAAGUGGCGUAUCAUCAUUGGCUCUAAGAUUAACAAGACCGGCAUAUCAUUGGUCUAUGAUACGAUGGACUUCAAAACCUAUGAAAUGCUCGACGGGGUGCUCCAUGCGGUUCCGGAGACGGGCAUGUGGGAGUGUGUGGAUUUCUACCCAGUAUCUGAGGUUGAGAAUGAAGGGAUGGACACAUCAGUAAAUGGGCCGAAAGUGAAACAUGUUGUCAAGACUAGCCUUGAUGACGAUAGAAAUGACUAUUACGCUCUUGGAACUUAUGACAGUGAAGCUGGAAUAUGGACCCCUGAUGAUCCUAGCAUAGAUGUUGGUAUUGGAUUGAGAUACGAUUAUGGAAUCUUCUAUGCGUCAAAGACAUUUUAUGACAAAAAACUGAGAAGGAGAAUCUUGUGGAGUUGGAUUAAAGAGACUGACAGUGAAAAAUCCGAUAUACAAAAGGGUUGGGCAUCACUUCAGGCCGUUCCAAGGACAAUAGUAUUUGACAUGAAAACUGGCAGUAACAUCUUACAAUGGCCGGUGAAGGAAGUGGAGCGAUUGAGACGGAACCGAAUAGUUUUCGACAAAGUAGAGGUUACUGCAGGUUCUGUUGUGCCCCUUGACGUCGUCUCUACCUCUCAGCUGGAUAUUGUGGCCGAGUUUAAAGUAGAUGAGGAGGCCUUGAAGCGAAUGAACGUUAAUGGCAGUGAUUCGAGCUAUAGCUGCCAGAAAAGUGGCGGGGCUGCUGAGAGAGGGGCGUUGGGGCCGUUCGGCCUGUUGGUCCUUGCAAGCAAGCACCUGAUCGAGCAAACUCCCAUCUACUUCUAUAUUUCGAAGGAUACAAAAGGGAAUUUUAAGACAUUCUUCUGUGCAGAUCACUCAAGGUCAUCUCAAGCAAACGAUGUUGACAAAGAAAUAUAUGGCAGCACGGUGCCGGUAUUGAAAGAUGAAACCCUAUCCAUGAGAAUAUUGGUGGACCGCUCGAUUGUUGAGAGCUUCGGUCAAGGAGGGAGGUCAUGCAUCACAUCACGUGUAUAUCCGACAAGAGUGGCAUGUGAAGAUGUCAAGAUCUUCUUGUUUAACAACGCUACUGAUGCAAGAAUCACUGCGUCACUACAGAUAUGGCAGAUGAGUUCCGCGUCCAUACAGUAGUAAACUCCCCGGCCUGUGCGCCCUCCAUCGGAUGUUCAAUUUUGAUCCAACUCCUACUUCUUCAGACAUGCAUUCAGCAUUCUCUUUCUUGCUGUAUUGUUAUAUAUAUUUUAUAUAUAUACAGUUUUUGAAGAUUGGUUGUUAUGUAAUUUUUGUUUUAAUCGUU